AUGCAAUGGAUCGCUAAACGAUCAGUCUUGCUGCAGCCUGGGAUUCGUACAUUCCAGCUCCAAAGGUUCUACUCCACUUCAGCGCAGGACGAUCCUUGGCCCCUUCCACUGCCCCGCUCGCUCGCAGCUCGGCAAGGUCUCUUUCUACUUGCCCUCCCGGCUCCGCCCUCGGCCUGGCCGGCAAAGCUAGAGUUCGCCUCUCCGCUCUUGUCAGCGGCGUCACAAGUCUUCAAGCGCAACGGGCUUGCGGUCAACGCCUACUACGAUGGCUCGGGUGCCGCAGAGCACCUUCCGAUCGAAGAAGAAACAUACCCAGCCCGGCUACUGUUUCCGGACGGGCGUACAUUUGAGUAUCCUGAGUUCCGUCUCGACUCACUGCAGGAUCACAAUGUCAUGAGAGACGCCAACUACAAGCCCGAUCCGGUCAAGGCUCUUGCCACAUCGUCAGGUCGAAACGUAACAGGACUACAAGAGAUAUUUGUCUGUACUCAUGGAGCAAGAGACUGCCGCUGCUCAGAUCGCGGGGGCUCACUGGUAGCCGCUUUGCGGAAAGAAAUUGAGCGGAAAGGAGCAGUCGAUGCUGUGGCUGUGCGUGAGAUUGCCCACGUUGGAGGUCACAAAUAUGCCGCCAAUGCUAUUCUUGCGCCAUCGCUGGACAUGCUGUCCAACUUGACGGCAGAGCACGCCCCGGCGCUCCUGAGUCACAUCAUGACGGGUCGACCCUUGCGCAGCAGUCUCUGGAAGCAUUGGCGUGGUCGUUACGGGCUGACUGAAGAGCAGCAAGGAGAGCUGUGGCACCAGGUCGACCCAGGCGAGGCCCAAACUGUCAGCAACGCCGCCGGAUCCUCCGUCAGGAUCCGUUUCGAAACAUUUGAAGGGGACAUCAAGGAAGUCAAUGCUCGUCUCGGAGACAGUCUCUUGCAAAUAGGGAAGGAAAACGGUUUACCAUCUCUUGAAGGAGUCUGUGGAGGAAAUCUCGAAUGCGCCACCUGUCACCUGUAUCUGCCUCCUACAGGUUCGCCUCCACCAGUACCUGAGCCGUCAGAAGAGGAGCUCGAUAUGCUAGGGUACGCAAUAGAUUAUAGAGAUGGCCAGAGCAGGCUCGGUUGUCAGGUAAAAGUGACGCAGGAGCUGGUCAAGUGGAUAGAAGACGGAGGAAUCAUCAAACUGCCCCGGUAUUAG